UGCGCUGCUCAGGUGGGCAAAGCUACACUCUCCGCUGCAGCAGAUCAUAGAGACAAACUUAACAAAGAGACAGGGAUAAGAGCUGGAGAGGAGAACGCUUCACCAACUACAUUAAAUACUAGCGUUAAGUGUCAUUUUUAGCGGAAAUCCCUGGUUGAACCGCAGCCUGUCGUCGAGAUAGUUUCAGACUUGUUCAAACUUGGAAUAACAGCAGCUAGCUUAAUUGCUAGCAGCCUGACUAUCCUGUCAGUUGGGAAGCCAUUGCUAGUAGCUGAGCUGUUAGCUAACAUAGCUUAGCUGUUGGCAGCCUGGCUAAUCGAGAAAAGCUGUGAAGAUGAGACUGAAAGUGGGGUUUAUUCUACGGAGUUUGCUUGUCAUUGGGACGUUUCUCGGUUUAGUGGUUCUCUGGUCUUCUCUGUCGCCAAGACCCAGUGAUGAGAACCCCUCUGGAAAACGGGAUGAUAGUUUGCUGCCCAAAGGAGACCUAGCAGAUCAUUUUAAGCCAGUGGUGCCCUGGCCUCAUGUGGAGGGAGUGGAGGUUGACCUCAACUCCAUCAGACUCAAACAUGGUGGACCCAAUCAUCCUCCCAACCCUGACCAGCACCAGCAGCCCAACCAAAAGCAGGUGAUCCAGCAGCAGUAUGUGACAUUCAGACCUAACUCGCACAACUACAACUCCCCCGUCCUGAAGAAAGGAAUGCUGGGAAACUUUGAGCCCAAGGAACCUGAGCCUCAGGGGGUCCCCGCUGGUCCUGGAGAGGGAGCCAAGCCUUUUGUCCUGGGUCCGGAGUACAAAGAUGCCGUCCAGGCUUCCAUCAAAGAGUUUGGCUUCAAUAUGGUGGCUAGCGACAUGAUAUCACUGGACAGAUCCAUCAGUGAUAUCCGGCAUGAGGAGUGUAAAUACUGGCAUUAUGAUGAUAGACUGCUGACCUCCAGUGUGAUAAUAGUGUUUCACAAUGAAGGCUGGUCUACACUGAUGAGAACCGUCCACAGCGUCAUCAAGAGGACUCCUAGGCAAUACCUGGCUGAGAUCGUCAUGAUAGAUGACUUCAGCAACAAAGUCCAUCUGAAGGAGCGUUUGGAGGAAUACAUCAAGCAGUGGAACGGUCUUGUAAAACUCUUCAGAAAUGAAAAGAGAGAAGGUCUGAUCCAGGCGCGGAGCAUAGGAGCCAAGAAGGCCACCAAAGGACAGGUGCUGAUCUAUCUGGAUGCUCAUUGUGAGGUUGGAAUCAACUGGUAUGCUCCACUGGUUGCUCCUAUUGCAGAGGACAGAACGGCGUGUACGGUGCCUCUGAUCGACUCCAUCCACGGCCAGAGCUACAGCAUCGAACCCCAGGGUGGAGGAGAUGAGGACGGCUUUGCUAGAGGAGCGUGGGAUUGGAGCAUGCUCUGGAAGAGAGUCCCACUGGGAGACAGAGAAAAAAAACGCAGAAAAACCCAUACUGAGCCAUAUAGGUCUCCAGCCAUGGCAGGAGGUCUGUUUGCUAUAGAGAGAGAGUUCUUCUUUGAGAUGGGUCUGUAUGAUCCUGGACUGCAGAUAUGGGGAGGAGAGAAUUUUGAAAUAUCAUAUAAGAUUUGGCAGUGUGGCGGAAAGCUGCUCUUUAUACCAUGCUCUCGUGUCGGCCAUAUCUACAGACUUCAGGGAUGGCAAGGCAACCCUCCACCUGCACAUGUUGGAUCCUCACCCACACUUAAGAACUAUGUGCGUGUGGUGGAGGUAUGGUGGGAUGAAUAUAAGGACUACUUCUAUGCCAGUCGUCCUGAAACUCUCACUCUCGCCUACGGAGACAUCAGUGAGCUCAAACGCUUCAGGGAGGAACAUCGAUGCAAGAGUUUCAAAUGGUUCAUGGAGGAAAUUGCUUACGACAUUCCACUACAUUACCCUCUGCCUCCUAAAAAUGUGGAAUGGGGAGAGAUCAGGGGCUUUGAGACAAGUUAUUGUAUUGACAGUAUGGGACACACCAAUGGAGGCAACGUGGAAAUCGGACCAUGCCAUAGGAUGGGGGGCAACCAGUUGUUCCGGAUCAAUGAAGCCAACCAGCUGAUGCAGUAUGACCAGUGCCUGACCAGAGGAGGUGAUAGCUCAACUGUCAUCAUCACACAUUGUGACCAGAACCAGCACACUGAGUGGAAGUACUUCAAGGAUCUCCAUCGGUUCACUCAUGUACCAACAGGCAAAUGUCUGGACCGCUCUGACCUACUCCACAAAGUGUUCAUAUCAGACUGUGACACCAGUAAAACCAGUCAGAGAUGGGAGAUGAACAACAUAGUGGCUGUAUGAAGACCGGACAACUCGCACAAAGAAACCACUGGGAGCUUAGAGAAGGGACGCGGUGACUGGAUGAGGACUUAAACACUGAUUAAGACCCACCGAGAAAUACAUCCAUAAGUUACAUCAAGCUGAUACUGUCCUUCAAAGAAUCCAUGUUCUACAGUAGGUGUGAGUCAGUCAGUGUCAGUGCACCUCCAAUAUGAUGGAGUCACAAUGGUCAAAUAUAAAGAUGCUGAGUAUCACCUGGAAACAGCUUCUACCCCCCAACCGUUUGCUUUUAGCCAAAAUAUGCCUUUGUCAGAAUAAACGAUAUAGGCAUAUAGACAGUCCAGAAUGCCAGUAGAACUGGUUAGUAUGGAGGCUGAAGCUACUGAUCCUCAGACCAAGCACUGAAUUGGAAUCAUGUUAGGUUCCUUCUUUGUUCUUCAUGGUGGUUGUGUUUACAUGGUGUCUCCAUCUGUUCUUUUGGGCUCUCAGGUCUUUUCUAAAUCAGUCCAUUGAUUUCUAAAAUUAAUCACAUCCACUCUUACUACUUCGCAAACUCUUAUUAGACUAUUUUCAAUCAAUUGUUAGCUAAUCUGAUGAGCUCACUUACCAAAGAGUCCUUUAUUUAUUGGUGGAGGAUUCAGUUGCAUCAUCAGUGUCUUUAACCAAUCAGCGUGUUGCUACAAACAGGUUGUGAUGGCCUUCAGGCUGGACUGAAAGGCUGCACUCUUUGAAGUCAUUGACUCGUGUUCAUGCUCAUGUUUUCUGUAUGUUAUCAAUCAACAGGUAAAAUCAUUUUGUGAUCAAACUGUGUGUGCCUGGAGUUUUAGGCCAUCAUUAGUAGGGCAGUUAAAAUACUAACAAAUAGUAGAUAUGUCCUCUCAGACCAAUCAUAAGUAACUAAAGCUUCUCCAGGCGCACCUGCUCAACAGGCUUAAAGGGACACUGACAUUUAGAAUUGUUUUUUUUGUUUGUUUUUUUCUCUCAACAUUUGCACUCCAACCACUGCUCCUAUUAAAGGACCGCCUCUAGUGUUGUUGCUAAUUCAGUCAUCUAGCAGUAUGAAUUAGGUUAACGAAUACACAGAAUUCUAUCUAGCACGGUGUAUUCAAACGGCCUGGCCAAUAAUAAUAAAGAAAAACUAAGAUUUAAACAAAUCAAGCAAUGCUUUCCUAAUAAAUUAAGCUUCAUGCAGUGUAAGUUCCCUAAACCAUCUCAAGGUAUAUUCACAUGGUGCCACCUCUGAAACCAACUGCUCCAUUCCUCUUACAGCAUGCUGUUAAAGGUACUGAGGUCUAAGUAAAAGUAACUGGUACUCUGUUGGUUUGAACUCCUCUCCUCUCCAUCCGUCUUUACAAACACUGAGAUGCUUUAGGAACUUGAACUUGUUAAGGAAAGCUUGAUCUGACUGACUGAACACUUAGGAACUGCCUGCCUU